AUGCACACGGGGCUCCUGGGGCUCUCCGCCCUGCUGCAGGCGGCGGAGCAGAGCGCGCGGCUCUGCACCACUGCGUACUACUUCACCACAGGGCAGCUCCUGUGGGGCUGGCUGACCCUGUCUGUCCUCCUGCCGGGCGUCCUGGUCCAGAGCCUGAGCUACCUGUGGCUCCGAGCAGACGGGCACCCCAGGCACUGCUCACAGCUGUGUCUGCACCUCCUUCAGCUGGGCGUCUGGAAGAGACACUGGGAUGCUGUGUGGGCCACUCGGUCAGAGGAAGGACAGGCUGCCGGCCAGAACACGUCAUGGCUGCAGGAGGCUGACCUGUCUGCCCUGCGGCUGCUGGAGGCCCUGCUGCAGACCGGGCCCCAGCUGCUGCUGCAAGCAUACAUUUUCCUGGACUCGGACUUCACAGACCCUGUGCCAGGGGUGAGCGCUCUGCUGGCCUGGUCCUCACUGUCCUGGGCCCUGGUGGCCUACGCUCAUCUCCUGGGAGCUGUGAAGCCGGGCCGCCAGGCCGGGCCACGGGCCGCUCUUUUCUGCCAGCAGCUCUGGCGGAUGGGCAUGCUGGGCUCCCGCGUCCUGAGUCUCGUUCUGUUCUGCAAGGCGUACCGUAUUUGGGUAUUGGUGGUUGGAGGUGCACACUGGCUGGGCAUGACGUUCUGGCUUGUGGCCCAGCAGAGUGACAUCAUCGACAGCACCUGUCACUGGAGGCUGUUCAACCUGCUUGUGGGGGCUGUGUACAUCUUCUGCUACCUCGACUUCUGGGCCAGCCCUUCCAGAAACAGGAUGGUCACAUUCUACCUGGUCAUGCUGCUGGAGAACGCCGCCCUCCUGCUGCUCGCCACUGACUUUGUCCCGAGGGAAUCGCAGACCAGCCUGUGGACCGCAGUGGGGGCCAUGUCUGCAUUUCUGACUGGCAGUGUCUCUCUGGUCACUUAUUACAGCCUGCUCCAUCCCAGAGCCUCAUCCAUCUGGCAGGGAUUCAUCAGGAAGUGCUGCACCGUGGCAGCAAGCGACAAAGCCGAGACUCCAUCCCCACCUCGUGCUGCAGCCCGCGCUGGAGCGAGGUCGGGCUCCAGCCCAGAGGAGCCUAAUGAGCUCAGAAGUCCGGCAGAGUCCCCCAGCCUGGAGAUGAGCCCUUCAGAGGCUGGGCUGUGGGACCAGACUUCUGGGCCAGACUCGUUCCUCAGUGCCCACCACUGGCUGCUGCUGAAACUUGCCCUGAAAACUGGAGACGUGUCUAAAAUCUACACAGUCUUUAGAGAUGACCGGCCUGGCUGGCUCUGUGCCCCUACGUGGACAUCGAGUCCACGCUGCAGCCUGCAGGGGAGGCCCCCGUGUUCCCAGCAAGAGUCCCCAUCUGCCAUCCAUGGGCUCUCAUUGGGAGAGAACGGCUCAGAGCCUGAAGACACCCAGGAGGAAGUGGCUGGCCCCUGGGACACCUCCAGUUAUGUCUCUCUUGCCUGUGAGCCUCAGGACAGCGUGCCUAUCCAGAUGCCUUCGGCUGCUUGGCAGGAACAUAGUCAAAUGGAGGCAGCUGAGGCUGAGCCUGGGAACCAAGGAAGGGGUUUGGGGGAGCAGCCAGGAGCAGGGGAAGGCCAGUACAGCACCACAGUGUACUUCAGCGCCACUGCGGAGGGGACCGUGUCCCAGGAAGGCAGUCUCGUGGCUCCACAGAUGUCCCACACUGGGAGGAGGCCAGGAGUGAGCAUCCCUGUGCAGCCAGCCUCGCCCCAGCCCACUGCGGGGCCCUGCCCCAUCACCGUGGCCAACAUCAGCCCCAUCCUAGGCGUGGGUCCAUGUGGAAACUUGUGCUCCAUUGCAGCCUGUGCUGAGAGAGUCCCCCACGGCUCAGAGCGUGGAGAGCGGCAGCAGCCGGCAGGGGACCUAAAUCAUCCCUCAGUGCCGAAGAUGAGCCUCAGACCUGCCGGCGAGCCCUUCCUCACAUCCACACCGAAGACUGAGUCCGUGCAAAAGGGUGGUGGCUGCAGGGCCAGGCCAAGGCACGAGGUGAGCUUGGUCGUCUGA